UUAAUGCGACAUGACGCGGAAAAAUCAUGUGAAAAGCAUAACAACAAUGUACAUUGUAAUAUUUCUGUAACAUGUAUAUUCAUAAACAUUACUCUAUGCGUUUUUACAACAGCUAUUGUUUGCUUAGAGAAGAAAUUCGCCGCUGUUGUUGUGGUUAACAUUCAGCUCACAGCGGCUUUUUAACUCGGUCACCGGGUUCAAACAUGGACCCAAAACACAAAAAACUGCUUCGAGCACAGCGGCUUUUUCUGUCUGAUGAGCUUUUAGUGGACGAUUUAAUCAUACAGUAUUUAUAUCAAGAGGAGAUCCUGACGGAGAGCCAUUUAGAGGAGAUUCAGUCGGAGUCGUCAAGCAGAAAUAAAACGUUAAAGCUCCUGGAUAUUUUACCGAGCCGCGGACCGACAGCCUUCCAUCACUUUAUAAAGUCACUGGAAAAAGACUUUCCCUGGAUCAGAGACAAACUACUGCAACUAAAUGAGGAAGAAGAAGAGUCUCCUCCUCCUCCGCCCUUCACAGUUCAGUGUGGUGUUUCUGACCACAUCCUUCUGACCGUACCAACCACCCUGCAUCUGAAUCAGCUGGCAUCCCUUCUGGGCUCAGAGUGGAGGUCUGUGCUGCUGGAUCUAGGCCUGUCCUGUGCGGAUCUGUACCGGUGCUGCUCUGACCACCCGCUUGCUGUUCAGAGUCAGGUGCUCGCUGGGCUGGUGAUGUGGACACAGAGGAACGGAAGAGGAGCCACGGUGCAGCGGCUAAUCCAGAGCCUGCAGGCCGCAGACGUGCCGCCAUCUGUGCUCCAACAGGUGUUUAAGUGACACCAUGAGGCAUGUUUUCAUCAACUAAACUAUCCCACAGUUAAAAUCAUAUCAUAUACACUCAAAAUAUAUAUUUAUUUACUUGUUCAAACUACUUAUUCAAAAUGCGCCGAAACAACACAAUUCUUGAGAUUUCAUUGGGACAACUUAAUUUUUUAUGUUCAGUCCACAUAAAUUUGUUAAAAUUCUUAAGUUAACUUAAACUAUUUGUGUUGGGACAACAUGAAUGCAUUGUGAGGAACCCUGCAUUUGUACAGUGUACCAUUAAGGAAGAGAAACAGACGUGCCGUGACUUUAAUAUUUGAGUGCAUAUGAAAUUGAUCAUGUUAUAUUGCUUUAUGCAUAUGUUUUUUAAUUUAAAUUAUAAUAAAGGCUUUUUCAAAUAGGCAUCCAUAAUAUUGUCAUUUUAUUACCAUUUUAUUAUCAAGAAAUGUUAAACCCGAGCGUAAUUUCUCUUCAAUAUGCUUUAUGAGGAUACAAAUGUGAAUAACGGCAGCAAGGGUCCCUGUAAACAACAUAUACAUGUGUAGUGUGUAUAUUCCAACCUAAAUUUUAAACGAAAUGUAAAUCAAUUAAAAUUUAAAUAAAUACACAAAUUAAAAAAGCAACAUUGUU